ACCUAUGCCUACAGUUUUGUCUCGUAGGUUGACAAGAAUUGCAUUAAUUUUGUCAUCUUAUAGUUACAACAUUGUCUAUAAGCCAGGAAAAGAAAUUGUUAAUGCUGACGGAUUAAGUCGUUGGCCACAACCAGUGCAGGAAGAACCAGAACAGCAACUGUAUGAUGUGUUGCUGAUGGCAGAAACACCCUUAGAAUUUCCUGUUGACGUAGAUCUUAUAGCUACAGCCACCAAGAAAGACCGUGUAUUGUCUCGUGUUCGUCAUUAUAUACUUGUCGGUUGGCCUUCUAAAGUUGAUGAUAAAGACUUACACUCGUAUUGGUUACAUCGUUCAGAACUAUCAUUGCACGAGGAUUGUGUUUUACUUGGCUGUCGUGUAGUAAUUCCGCCAGAACUUCGUGAGCCUAUUUUAAGAGCCUUACACAGGGUACACAGUGGUAUUGUGCAAACGAAAGUAUUGGCAAGGAGUUAUGUUUGGUGGCCACAAUUGAAUACCGACAUAGAGAGUUUAGUAUCACGAUGCGAUAAAUGUUUAGAGAACCGACACAUGCCACCUAAAGUUAGUUGUGAAUGGGUGACACCAACGAAACCUUGGUCUCGGAUUCAUGUAGAUUUUGCGGGGCCGUUUCAAAACAGAAUAUUUUUAAUUAUAGUAGAUGCUUAUUCGCCUUGGCCGGAGGUUUUUAUAGUAAACAAUAUGAAUUCAAGUACAUUCAUUCGCCAUCUUCGAAAUGUUUUCGCCACUCAUGGUUUGUGUGAAAUGUUAGUAUCGGAUAAUGGAACCUCAUUUGUCUCUUCAGAAAUGAAGAAUUUUCUGAUAUCAAAUAAAAUUAGACAUGUUACUAUAGCCCCAUACCAUCCCGCCACUAAUGGUUUAGCUGAAAGAAUGGUGCAGACUGUAAAAGAUAAAUUGCGGAAGAUGGAAGGUAUCUGUUGGGAUGUUAAAAUUCCUAACAUGCUUUUGGGUCUGAGAGUAACGCCUUGCACUGCGACUAAUAAACGUCCAAGUGAAUUAUUAAUGAACAGACGAUUACAUACUUUAUUGGAUACUAUACACCCAGACAACCGUCAGCAGCAAAAAAGGAGGGAACAAAUUAGUAAUAACUCUUAAAAGUAUCGCCGAAAAAUAAAUAUACAAAAAGAAAUAAUGUAUCGUAAUUAUAAUAAUGGUUCACGGUGGUUACCCGGCACAAUCCUAAAUAGAAAAGGAGCAUCCAAUUUUGAAGUAAAGACACAGAAUGGUACUAUCGUGAAUAGGCAUAUUGAUCAAAUUAUUCAAAAAAAACAGUCUGAUGUAAUGUUGACAAAUGAGGGAGAACAGGAAGAAAAGGAAGAGAGAAGAGAGAAAAGUGGAGUUGACGAAGUGGAACAUAGCGCUUGUGAUGAAUUGACUCACAAAGCACCGCGAAAAGGAAAGAACAGUGAUAGUUCUGAGGAUAUAGUCCUAGUGCCAGAUGAGGAUCAGUGGGCGGUGAUGUUAGGGAUUCCACUUCAAAGCGAAGUAACUUAUAGCGGAGGAAAAGUUAAAACAAAGAUAAAUAAUAAUCAUUCAAAGACACCAUAUGAUCGACCACAGGUUUUUACCAAUUAUUUAAAUUAAGUUCAUUACUGUGCUAUUCAGUGUCUUUACAGUGUUUCAUUAUAGUGUCUGUAUUUUUAGUUUCUUAUAAUGAGACUAUUUAUCAUACUCACUUAAAUGAUAUAAGUAGUUAAAUGUUUACUUUAAUUAGUUCUUAGAUUUGAUAUAUGUGAUUGAUAUUUUGUACUUUAUAUAUAAACUUAGGGGGAAGGUAUGUUAUGUAUUAGUUAUACUUGCUCGGUAUUGUUAAAAUAAUAAUAUGAUGUCAAGUGUAAUGUAGGUAGAUUAGUUUAUUUGUAUUGGUCUCUGUCAGUCAGUUUGCUACUUAGCACAAUACAUACAUGACGAAUUUAA